AUGCAUCUAUUUGGCAAGGCGGCUAAAUGUUCCUCAAGGGAAGCAUGCAUACUUGAGACAUUCUCAACGAAGUCAGUUAAUUCUACAAGCAACCAGAAGACGAAGUCAGCUAACUCUACAAGCAACCAGACGAAGAAGUCAGCUAAUUCUACAAGCAACCAGAAGACGAAGUCAGCUGAUUCUACAAGCAACCAGACGCAGAAGUCAGCUAAUUCUACAAGCAACCAGAAGACGAAGUCAGCUAAUUCUACAAGCAACCAGACGGAGAAGUCAGCUAAUUCUACAAGCAACCAGAAGACGAAGUCAGCUAAUUCUACAAGCAACCAGACGGAGAAGUCAGCUAAUUCUACAAGCAACCAGAAGACGAAGUCAGCUAAUUCUACAAGCAACCAGACGGAGAAGUCAGCUAAUUCUACAAGCAACCAGACGGAGAAGUCAGCUAAUUCUACAAGCAACCAGACGGAGAAGUCAGCUAAUUCUACAAGCAACCAGAAGACGAAGUCAGCUAAUUCUACAAGCAACCAGACGGAGAAGUCAGCUAAUUCUACAAGCAACCAGACGGAGAAGUCAGCUAAUUCUACAAGCAACCAGACGGAGAAGUCAGCUAAUUCUACAAGCAACCAGAAGACGAAGUCAGCUGAUUCUACGAGCAACCAGAAGACGAAGUCAGCUAAUUCUACGAGCAACCAGACGGAGAAGUCAGCUAAUUCUACAAGCAACCAGACGAAGAAGUCAGCUAUUUCUACAAGCAACCAGAAGACGAAGUCAGCUAAUUCUACGAACAACCAGACGAAGAAGACAGACAAUUCUUAA